AUGCCAUCGGACGAGUACGCCUCGGUUGGCGCCUUGCGCCUCAAAGGCGGCAAGGUGAAGAAGCACAAGAAGAAGAAGGAUAAGGGUAGCGACCUCGAAAAGAACCUAUCUACUGGCGAAUCCUCGAAAGACCUCGAGGUCGUGAAGAAGCGCAAGUCUGAGGAAGCAGAGGAUGAUGAAGCCACGAGGGCGAAGCCUAGCGAAGAGCCUGAAGAGGAGGAGGAUAGUGUCCCGCAGCAUAGAAAGACGGAGGCAGAGCGACGCUUCGAGGAAGCUCGUCGUAAGAAGCUUCUGGAACUAUCCGAGUCUGCCAACUCCAGACCGGAGCUGCUGAAGACGCACAAGGAGCGGGUUGAGGAGUUGAAUACCUACCUCUCCAAGCUAAGCGAGCAUCAUGACAUGCCGAAGAUUGGACCGGGCUAG